AUCAGUGGCAUGUGUGAUCAGCACACCGUGCGGUGUUAAAGCGCGUAUCCCUGAGAGAGAUACAACCACCCCUCCCACAUCACUCCCUUACCCUCCCCGCCUUGUCUUAAGAGCGCCCACCCACUCUUGUCCCCACCCGGUGGGCUUGUUGGGGCUUUUGGCCACCAUGGAUACUAGUCACGUUAGAGACGGGACCGGCGACGGGAGAAUGGAGUGUAACGGAGUGGACAAUGGCUUCAGCGAGGAUGAAGAUAUUAAAGCCAUGCUCAAGGGUAGUAGCAUGCAAAAGAUCAAAUCUAGCACAUGGAUGAAGCCACGCUUUUACAAGCUCCAAGAUGACUGUCAGACAGUGUGGUACGACUCCCAAAAGAUCCUGAAGUCAGCCAGGAACCAAAUUUUCUCAAUUGACGACAUCCAGGAGAUAAGGCCGGGUCACCAGUCAGAGGGCAUGCAGAGGUACGCCAUGCACUUACCUACCGACCGCUGCUUCACCAUCGUCUUCAAGGGCAGAAAGAAAAACCUAGACCUGGUGGCUGCUGAAGCCAAGGAGGCCAGGCACUGGAUCGAUGGCCUCAUCAAAAUCAAAAAGAGAGACUCCAGCAUGAACAAGAGAGAGCGGCUGGACCAAUGGUUCCAACUUUAUCUACAAAAAGCCGAUAUUGACAAGGACAACAAAAUGACCCUAGAAGAAGUGAAGCAGUUCUUGCACCUGAUGAAUAUAGAGGUGGACAGUAUGCAUGCAAAGGACCUGUUCAGGAAAUGCGACAAAUCGAAGGACGGAACAAUCCAUGGCAAGGAGAUCGAAGAGUUUUACAAGCUACUGACUGAACGCGAGGAGAUUACCACCGUCUUUGAGGCCUACAGUAACAAGGAGAAGCUAAUGAGUGUGGAGAAGCUGACAGAGUUCCUGAGGAAGGAGCAAAGAGAGAAUGUGCCCCAGGAGUAUGCAGCAAAGAUCAUCAAGACUUAUGAAGUGAAUGAGGAAGCAAAGAGUGAUUUAUUCAUGACCAAGGACGGGUUUCUAUUCUUCCUGAUGUCACCAGCGGGGGACAUUUUCAACCAAGAACACAACAAGGUGUACCAAGACAUGACAAAGCCGCUCAAUCAAUAUUACAUUUCUUCCUCACAUAACACCUACUUGACCAAGGAUCAGCUGGAGGGCCCCAGCAGCACCGAGGCCUACAUCAGUGCACUCAAUAAAGGCUGCCGCUGUGUGGAACUGGACUGUUGGGAUGGACCAAACGGAGAGCCAGUCAUUUAUCACGGCUACACACUCACCUCAAAAAUCCUCUUCAAGGACGUCAUACAAGUCGUAAAUAAUUACGCCUUUAAGGUCUCUCCUUACCCUCUCAUCCUGUCCCUGGAGAACCACUGCAGUGUAGAACAGCAGAACGUCAUGGCGCAGCACAUGAAAACCAUCCUGGGGGACAAGCUGCUGUCCAAGAUUAUCGACGGGAAGGUGCCCACCAAGUUCCCCUCACCUGAGCAACUGAAGGGGAAAAUACUGGUGAAGGGCAAGAGGCUAAAUCGCCUGGAGGAUGAUCAGAGCGCCGAGAACGAUGAUGUCUCAGAUGAGGACGAGGCUGCCGAAAUGCAAGAGGAAGAAAAGCAAGAACUUAAAAAGAAAGGCUCAAAGGUCAAACUGUCCAAGGAGCUGUCUGACCUGGUCAUCUUCUGCAAGAGCGUCCACUUCAACGGGUUUGAAGAUGCCAUGAACAACCAGGUUUUCUACGAGAUGUCAUCCUUCGUGGAAAACAAGUUCAAUAAACUGGUGCAGGACUCCAGCACCCCCUUCAUCCAGCUCAACGCCCGACAACUGAGCAGGAUUUACCCGGCGGGCAUGAGGACGGACUCCUCCAAUUACUCCCCCAUCGACAUGUGGAACGCCGGCUGCCAGAUAGUGGCCCUCAACUUCCAGACCCCUGGGCAAGAGAUGGACAUUUACCAAGGUAAAUUUCGCGACAAUGGUUUCUGUGGUUAUAACCUGAAGCCAACGUACCUGAGGGAGACAAAGCCGAUAUUUGACCCAAAGAGCAUCCAGAAGGGACCUUGGCUGGACCGGAAGAAGCUCCACGUGAUGGUCAUCUCUGCCCAGCAGCUUCCUAAGUCAAACAUGGCAAAACCCAGCUCAGUGGUGGACCCCCUCGUGACAGUGGAAGUUUUUGGAGUCAAAGAAGAUGAUGCAGAGAAAGUGACGCCACACAUUUCCAACAAUGGCUUCAACCCCAUGUGGAACGCAACCUUCCAAUUUGAUGUCUCUGUGCCUGAACUGGCCUUUGUCCGCUUCCUGGUUCAGGACUACGACGCCACCUCGAGGAACGAUUUCAUCGGACAGUUUACGCUGCCGUUUACGAGCUUACAGCUAGGAUACCGCCACAUCCACCUUCUGUCCGUCAAUGGCGACCCCUUGCCCUCUGCCUCGCUCUUCACCCACAUCAUGAUUGAGUGAACCAUCUCCUCCGCCAGGACCCCAGACUCGCCGGGUGAUGGAAAGGAGGGCCCCAUCGACCAGAAAGGGAUGGAUAGGACAGCGGGAAUUGGGUUUGGGUAGAAUGAAACUGGCGGGGGGGGGCGGGAAUUGAGAACGCGAAAAGGAGAUGAGUAGGACAGGAAGGGGGAAGAAAUUUGUAUAUUAACAAGGAGGGGCAUUGCAUUUUAUUUCUGAGGGGUUGGGUAGGGGCGAGUUUUCAAUGCUGUUGCUUGUCUUGGUCAGUCAUGCUUCCUGGCAUGUUCAUACCCUCUUCUAUUUACGUUUAACACUAAUCAGAGGACAGAGAAGAGUGUACUCACCAAUUCAGGAGCUGAUUGAUUACAACUUUGUGAUAUACUUUCUAUAUGUUAAUUAAAAAGAACUCUA